AUGCCGUCCCUAGCCAGCCAGACUGUGAAUCCACCCAUCCCUUCCUUGUUCCCUGCGCUUCCCGAGGGUCUUGCCUGGAGGCUUCGCUCUGCUCUGGCCGUGGCUUGCCUGCCUUCCUGCUUGCCCACCCCACGGGAGGCCACCCACGCUGCCUGCCACGCUGAUGAGGUGGCUGGCUCACUGGGUGCUGAGCUGGACCUCCUUCAGCAGCUGCUGGCCAAGAAGCACACCAAGUUGUUGUUGGUGGCAUGGGCGGCUGCUCCAGAGGGCUGCCAGCAGGGCAGUAUGGGAGACAGGAAGAAGAACUGUGUUUGCUGCAGUUCAACGGGGGCCAGAAGCUCCACUGACCAUGCUGAGAGUCCUCCAGCUGAGACUGAGCCAACUCUGGCAGCGCAGGUCCACAAUCUUCAAGAGCUUCGGCGGAGUGCCUCAUUGGCCACCAAAGUCUUUGUGCAGCGGGACUACAGUGACGGAACCAUUUGUCAGUUCCAGACCAAAUUUCCCCCUGAGCUGGACAGCCGGAUUGAGCGGCAACUUUUUGAAGAAACAGUGAAGACCCUUAACAACUUCUAUGCAGAGGCUGAGAAAAUUGGGGGCAGUUCCUACCUGGAGGGGUGUCUGGCCUGUGCUACAGCCUACUUCAUCUUCCUUUGCAUGGAGACUCGCUAUGAGAAGGUUCUGAAGAAAAUCUCCAAGUAUAUCCAGGAGCAAAAUGAGAAAAUCUACGCUCCUCGGGGGCUGUUGUUGACAGACCCAUUGGAACGAGGCAUGCGGGUCAUUGAGAUCUCCAUCUACGAGGACCGUUGCAGCAGCUCCAGCUCCGGCAGCUCAAGCAGCAGCAGCAGCAGUGCUGGCGGUGGGGGUGGUGGGGCAGGGGGGCGGUGACUGGCACAGAGUCCUGGCAGAGAUUUGUACUGCCGGGACGAUGGUGUCUCCGAGAUCCGCAGACUGCGCUAUCAGAGCACCCGCUUCUGAGCUCCCCCAGGGGGGUUGGGAUGCCAGCAAAGAGUGUUGUGACACCCCUGGGGUUUGUGACAACCAGCAAGGGCAAAGUCAUUCGUCGGGGAUGAUUAAGCUCUGCCCAAGUGGAGCUUGCACCCACAUAAGCCUGUUCUCAGUGCCUGGGACCCCGACACCCUGGGGUGGUGACCCUUCCCGAGGGCUCCUGGGGAGCCUGCUCUUCCCUCCCUGGUCUCCCUGUGCACCAGCCUUUCUGGUCCAGAUGUCAUUGUCUAAGUUCUGUUCCCCCAAGCUCUGGGCACAUCAUCCUGGCGAACUGUGUCCUCUGGCUAAAGGUUGAAUAACCAGCAAAGAUCAAUCCAGCAUGAAGAGCUGGGAUGGGAUUGGGAAGGGGCGGACGUUUGGGACCCCCUGCAGUCCUUUCCCUAAACACUAGCAGUUGGUUCCCUCCUGAGUUUGCACUGACAGCAUCCCACCUCUUGUCUUUGCUUGCUGCUCUGCAUGUUAACUCUCGUAACCCUUCAGGUAUGCCAUAUGCUCAAAGCAUUCAAUGCCCACAGUGCUAUAAUUCUGCCACUGCAGGUGCCCACACUCUCCCCCGCUCCUGGCCUGACAGUGCGGGUAUCUGUGCUGGCAACAGCAUGCCCUGUCGUAAAUGCCAGGAGGGCACCUGUUCUCAGAAACUGUGGAACAAGCCCCAUGUUCUGCAUCCUUCCAUGGCACUAGAGGACAUGGUGAGUAUAUGAAGCUAGAGGAGAGUGGAAGGUUCCAUUGGGCCCCUUCUGUGGAGUAGCAGCACAGACACAGCGGGGGACUGCAAAUUCUUCUGGAUUUGGAGGACUGCACAAGACCAUCUCUGACCAUCUCCAGUGGGUUCCAGUGCAUUCUGCAAUCAUGGAGGCUACUGGAAGAUGGAAGGUGUUGGAGAUGCUUGCAGUGAUGUGCAGGGUGGGGCUCUGGUCAUUUCUUGCCCAGCCCACUGAGCAUUGCUAGCAUGGGUGUAAAUAUUUAAUAUGCCCCUAGCUGGCAAUGCUCUGUUACAACAGCCCUGUUUGUUCUGGCAAAAAAAAUACUAAGGUAAAGGAGGGUGACUCUCUAAGGUGGGUGUAGUUAUAUUUACCUUACAGUACCUGGCUCCUCUAUCCCCCACCCACAUUAGUAUUCAACAAUAGCACUGUCUCACUUUGCAUGCACAGGUUGUUUUCUUGCUGCAUGUUCCCUGCCUCUCCCUAUGUAAAUAGCUUGUUGGGCCCCAUGUGUGUUUGAGUCUCCAUCAAUGCUGGGGAUACAGCACAACUUCUCUGAGUUCUCGUGUGCCACUCUGUAAACCAAGAUGACAAAGCAAAGGCUGGGGACUGUAUCAGAUUGCCCUGUGAACGUUUAUCCAAAUAAUGGACAAAGUCCACUACUUCCAGUUCCUUAGAUGCUUCCAACUUUUCACACACCACAAACCUCAGACGUGUGCAGAUUUUCUUGCUGAGAUUGUUGCAGAAAAGAAAAGACUGUCUAACUUGGGAGGGAGAGCCUUGUGGAAUGGUGGGAGAGAAUAUCAUUCUGAAAAGUCCUACCAGGGUAAGAUGGAAAGUAACUGAAUGUUUGGCCUGGGCACUCCUUCAUUAAUGCUCCAAACAACUUGAUCUCAGAACAGGACCUCUUUUGAAUUGGCAGGGUUUUAGAGAGUGAAUAGACCCUGUUCUGUACUAUGUUGAGGGGAGCUGCAGGGAGGAAGGCAGAUGUACAAAGGUUUGGCUGGCAUGAACCUGGGCAAACAUUCCUCCGUGUAAAGAUGCCUUGAGCAGCCACUCACCAUGCCAUGUGUUGAACAUAAUGUGUGCCACUUGGGAUCUGGUCUUGGUUGUAUACCUCCAUCUUCAUAUGGAAACUCCUGAUAAUAAAUGGCAAGUGAAAGUCUA